UUGCUCUUAGGAUGAUAAAUAAACGAACUUUCUGACCAUGAGUUGAUUGGGGAAACGUACUAUUAUCAAAGUCCAUAAUUGAAAACCAAAAAUAUGGUACAACUGCAAGUGAUCAUAAGUAGCCACAAAGAAUCUCACGUUCCCAAAAAUAAUAGCAUGCGUAAAGGUAAAAGAAAAGAAAGCAUAUUAAAAAGAUUAGUUCUAAAAAAAAGAAUAUUAGAAAACAUAGCGAAAAAGAAAUCUCCAUUGCAGAUUGGCUCGUAAUCUUACAUGAUUUACAUGGGCCAAUCCUAAAAGGCACAAACUCAUUCCACUUUCAAUCAUAUGAUUAGAUGGUGAUGAUCAUCUCAUUUUGCACAUUUUCAUGCAUGUGACCCACUUUUUGUAUCUUAAAAAUUUCCCCAAAGAGACCUUUAGAAUAAACGAGAAAGUCCACAUAGUGAAGGUGACCUCAUCUAUUUAAACAUACACAUUUCCAUUGUUCCACAUAACAAAAUUCAUCACUACAAAUCAUCUCCUAGUCUCCCUUCAUUUCACAUUCUGAGUGUACGCAAAAGUAUACUAAUAAAAUAUGGAUUUCAAUGGUAAUUCAAAUGCCGGUUCUUCCUCUAGAUCAAAAAAGAGUAAUAGGAAAAAGCAGCAACAAUCGCAGCCGCAACCACAACAACAUAAUGAAGAAAACAAGUAUGUAGGAGUGAGGCGGAGGCCGUGGGGAAGAUAUGCAGCUGAAAUAAGAAACCCUACUACAAAAGAGAGGUAUUGGCUAGGUACUUUUGAUACGGCCGAGGAGGCUGCAUUGGCCUAUGAUAGAGCUGCACGGUCCAUAAGAGGCUUGACUGCUAAGACCAACUUUGUCUAUUCCGAUAUGCCUCGUGGCUCCUCAGUAACUUCCUUCAUCUCUCCUGAUGAAUCCCAACGUUUCAUUUCCGAGUUAUUCAACCAUUCUUUUCAACCAGAAGAUCCUAACAAUAGCACCACCAACAAUCUCUAUUCAUCGACCAACACCGAAAACCAAAACGCUAAUGAGUUCUCAUACAAUGGGUGGCCACAUGAGUCUGAAUGUGAUUAUCAAUCUAUAAACACUAAUGAUGAGCAUUGUGAUCAUGAGCUUCCACCUCUUCCUCCAAGUACUUGUUUUGGAGCUGAACUUACUUAUCCAGAGACCGAUAGCUAUUGGAAUGUGGCGAAUACUAGUAUGGAUUAUUCCUUUGAACUUGAUGCCUUUGUGGAUCAAAACAGUCCUGUUGAGAGUGGAACUGAAGGGUUUGACUUUUCAUCCUCCACAUUCUUCUACCAAUAAUAGCGAGAUGUCCAGUUUGCGACUUUCGUCGUUGGUAUUUAAUACCCUUUUGUUUUUUACAAUCAUUUUGCUUCUAUUAUGGACUGGACUGAAAGAUAUCAAGUCUCUCUCUCUCUCUAUCUCUCGCGUUUUAUGUUUCUCUGAAAAUUCGACUGUUUUUUUUUGUUAUUGUGGCUUAUCAAAUGCAAGAUUCUCUUGAUCGCUUGUUAGUUAUUGUAAGUUUGUGACUGCGAGGAAAAUUGCAUUACUGCUUCAAAGUAUCUUUCUGUUUCGGUCUAUAACUUUAUUUAACUGGUGGCAGUGAUAGCUAGUAAAGAGUAAAGAGCGUAGUUCCAAUCUGUAUAUUUUCUUUUUAGUUCCAAUCUAUAUAUUAUACACAUUUCGAACUUGCAAUCUUUGAGAAAUAUUUUGUGGAGAACAUGCGCGUACUAACCUUAACUUUCAACUUUAAUGAUUACAUCACACCUUUAUGACUUGAUGGUUUUGCGAUUUAGAACUACGCUUCAUGGAAUCAGUAGUUUACUUUCAUUAGUUAUCGAUAUCACCUAACUUUAUCUGAAAACACAUUUCUAUUUAUAUUUGGCCGUUUGGUAUGCGAUUGCAAAGCCGUGCGAAGGUUUAUUGAUGCCAUAAUAAGCCAAUUUUUUUUGGUCAAGCGAAAUAUGUUUAUAGUUUUUUUUUUACAAAAUUGUUUUGCACUUAAAUAAUAAUAGAUUAAGAGAAACUACUUCUAAUAAUUUUUUAAUAGGAAUUUUGGUUGAUGGACAAUAUGUUUUCUAUCAAAUAUAAGAAAUUAGCAUUAAGACAGAAAAAAGUUUGAGGUGCAAUAUAAUUAAUUAAUUUUAGAAUUUAAGCUGUGAAUAUAGCAUAAGGUUCCUAAUAAUCAAACAAGUAAUAAAAUGGGAAUAAGAGCCUCAGAUAAACUGUUCACGUCAGCAUUUUAUUCACACCACUUACGAGUUGCCACGUCUACUUAAACUCCACGUCAUUUACAAAUUGGACAAAGCAAAACCAACCCGUAUGCAUUUUUCGGGCCCGAGGCGUUUUUGGACACGUGGCACUCCAAUAAAUCUCAAACUUUUUCGUUGUGAAAACAAUUAUGGGCUAAUUAUCAUGUUUUAAGUUCCAGGCCCAAUGUUUCUUAUCUUUGAGCACUCUCUUAAGUUGUCUCUUCCUCGUGACGUUACGGGUUCAAGGUAGUCGCCGGAAAUUUCAUACCACCGCCCUAGAAUCUCAGACCGUGCUUGGUUUACCGACCGUUUUCCGGAAAAUCCUGGUGGAACACAGCAGGGCUGUCUUUUUGUUUGGUUUCUACAGGCUAGCGUAAGCAAUUCGGAAACGUUACGCAAAUCAAUUGAUUCCAAGCGUCUUCUUAAACGCUCUCAUUAACAACUGCCCCACUCACACAAUUUGUCAAUCAAUGUAUCUCCCAUUACCCACAUUGUCAAUCUUGACUAUAAAUUGCUAUUUUGCUGUUCGGAGAGUUUGAUCAUAUGUACAAAACAGAGGAAUCGUGGCGGAGAAGGAGCUUGAGCUAAUCAUGUGUCGACACAAGAGGAGGACGAGAAUCAGAGUGGGAAAGCAGAUGACAAAGGAGAUACUUUCAUUCUAUGACAGAGAAUUUGAUUACUUGCUCUGUGAUUUAAAGUACGAUGCUGAACAGUUUUUUUUAUUUUUUUUCAUGGUAAAAUGGGGAUUGUUUAGGAUGAUGAUGAAGAUAGUGUUGAAGUUGUGGAGCUUGCAAGGCAAGGAAGACCUGUGUGGUGGAGAUAGGGACAAUGAUUUUCACAAAGAUUUUAAGGAGGACGUUGAGUGGUAUGCCUGCCUUUACUUUCUUAUGGACGUUACUUUAGGAGAAUAGCUUGGCACCGAGUGAGAUUAAACAACUUAAUGAGCCUAUUGAAAAUAAGAUAACUGAGUGGAAUACUGGAGGGCUUCUCACCAGAAUUGAGGGCUUCAGAGCUUUUAUCCCAAAGCAGGAGAUGGUCAAGAAAGUGAAUAGUUUCACAGAGUUGAAGGAAAACUUAAAAGGAAGAUUUCUUUUUCCGCUGAAUUGCAGUAAGCUUUUUGGCUUCACUGUUCUGUGUUUGCUUAGGCUUCUCUGUGUUUCAGGUAGGUCGUAGACUGGUUGUGCAGAUUACGUGAUUGAAUGAAUACAAAAACGACUUGACACAGAAUUAAAAAACAUCCUGGAGAAGCUAUACCUUCGAGAAGGACCUCCUGGAAGGAACUGUUGCCAAAAUCUUACCAUAUGGAGCGCAAGCCAAACUCGGGGAUUGUAGUAGGACUGUAGAAGGUUAGUGUCCAAGUCUAUUGCUUCUAUAACAUAUAAUAAUAAAGGAGUUGUGCUUUUGUUGGUAAGAACCCAGCUUGAUCUGGCUUUUGUUGUUCUUUUUUUUUUGGUUCAGAUAUUUAAUGGAAACAUUUAUCUUUUGGUGGUAUCAUUCCUAAGACUCAUAUUCCUAACACUUGGGAACAUUUUUUGUUCAUGAGAUAUCACUUUUAUAGUUUCAUUUC